AUGAUCGCCAAGACGAGCGUUCGCUCUACCGCGCGCUUGCUACCACGCUCCAACGCUGCUUCGGUCUGCCAGCAAUUAUCGGUAUCAGCACGAAACUUUGCUUCAUCGUCUAAGCUCCGUCUCGACUCACCUUCACCGGCGCCUUCCAGCAGCAGCACAGACAGUCAUGCAAAGAUUUCGUCGGUGCACGCAUCCGAGAUCGAGCAUUUCAGUCGACUGUCGUCCAAAUGGUGGGAUGAGCACGGCGAGUUCGGCUUGCUUCAUGCGAUGAACCCGACGCGCAUCCAGUUCUUGCGCGAGAAGCUCGACGAAGUCUGGGGAUACGAGCUCGCCAAACGUCAAGUAGAGGCUCGUAGAUCCGCUCCAGCUUCUCCCACAAGACCGGCAAGGACGACGGAGGCACGUGUUCCACUGGAAAACAUCGGUAAGACGCAGUUCUUGAGCGGACUCGAUGUGGCGGAUAUCGGAUGCGGUGGUGGCCUGCUCUCCGAAUCACUAGCGCGUCUAGGCGCACGUACAACGGGCGUCGAUGCGAGUGCCUCCAACAUUGGCAUUGCCACCACGCACGCUGCUCGCGAUCCGCUCCUCUCCCGCCCGCACUCUCUCGGCGGUGCCAGCCUCACGUACUUGCACACCACCGCCGAAGACCUUGUCGCGCAGAACCGCACGUUCGACAUCGUCUGCGCCAUGGAGGUGCUCGAACACGUCAAUGGGCCCGCCGAGUUCCUUCGCUCGCUCGACAAACUCGUCAAACCCGGUGGACACCUGUUCAUGUCCACCAUCGCCCGCACCCCGCUCUCCUGGUUCCUCACCAUCUUCAUGGCCGAAGAUGUCCUCCGUCUCGUGACGCCUGGAACCCACACGCACCAUCAGUACAUCAACCCGAAAGAACUUGUCGACUUCUUCCAACACGAUCUCAAGUGGUAUGGCAGCGGCACUGAAUUGCCGCAGAGGAUGCAUUUCGAAGUCAGAGGAACGGCCUACCUGCCCUGGAAGUCGACCUGGACGUUGGCAAGGUCCAACACCAGCCUGCCUGGGACACAAGAAUGUAAUUAUUUCUUCUGGGCUAGGAAGCCUCACGACGCCGAACUCAAUUGA